AUGACACAAGGGAAUAACACUGAAAUAACAGAAUUCUUUCUUCUGGGAUUUGGUGCCCAACACAAGUUUCGCUAUGUCCUCUUCCCUGUAUUUCUCCUCAUCUAUGUGACCUCCCUGGUGGGUAAUAUUGGAGUCAUCCUACUCAUCAAGACAGAUUCCAGACUUGAGACACCCAUGUACUUUUUCCUGCAACAUUUGGCCUUUGUUGAUCUCUGUUACACCACGGCUGUCACUCCCAAGAUGCUACAGAACUUCAUAGUAGAAAACAAAGCAAUAUCCUUCAAGGGUUGUGUCAUGCAGUUACUGGUUUAUGCAACAUUUGCCACCAGUGACUGUUACCUCCUGGCUGCGAUGGCCGUGGACCGCCAUGUGGCCAUCUGUAGCCCACUUCACUAUCCCAUAGUCAUGUCUCGAAGAGCCUGCUUCUGGUUGGUAGCUGGUUCGUAUGUCAUGGGCUCAAUGAAUGCUUCUGUGCACACGGGUUUUACCUUUUCGCUGUUCUUCUGCAAGGGUAAUACCAUCGAUCACUUGUUCUGUGAUGUUCCUCCAAUUCUCGCCCUUUCAUGCUCCAGCAUUGACAUCAACGUCAUGCUCCUCGUUGUCUUUGUGGGAUUUAAUUUACUGUUCACUGUGUUGGUUGUCAUCUUUUCCUACGUGAAUAUCAUCCCUGCCAUCCUGAAGAUCUCUUCUGCCGCAGGGAGGAGAAAAGCCUUCUCCACGUGUGGCUCCCACCUGACCACAGUCACCAUUUUCUAUGGGACUCUUUCUUACAUGUACUUACAGUCUCAUUCUCAUAAUUCCCAGGAGAAUAUGAAGGUGGCCUCCGUAUUUUAUGGCGUUGUGAUUCCCAUGUUAAACCCCCUGAUCUAUAGUUUGAGAAAUAAGGAGGUAAAAGAAGCUCUAAAAGUGAUAUGGAAAAAAAAUUCUUCUAGAUUAGACUCGAAUUCUUAA